AUGGCGAUGAACACUUGGACUGUUGCGCUACUGAGGUAUGGAGCUGCUGUUUUGAAAUGGACAAAAGAUGAAAUUGCUGCAAUGGAUCACAAAACACGUAAACUGAUGACACUGUAUGGUGCUCUUCAUCCAAGAAGCGACAUUCAUCGAUUAUAUUUACCGAGAGAAAAGGGCGGAAGAGGUUUGAUCAGUUAUGAAGGAUGCAUUCGUACAGAGGAGAACAGUUUGGGAUGGUAUGUAAAGAACAGUGUGGAACCACUUUUACAACAAGUUGCAAAGACAGGUGUGAUUGAAACGGAAAGAUGCGAAACAAAAGAAAAUUUUAAGAAGAAAGCAGUAGAGGAGCUAGAGAAAGCCUGGAUUGACAAGAAAAUGUAUGAACAAUAUAACAGAGAUUUAGAUAAAGAAGUGGAUAGGGAGAAGACAUGGUGGUGGCUGAAGAAAGGAGACUUGAAACCUGAAACUGAAGCACUUCUGUGUGCUGCACAAGAACAAGCUCUAAGGACAAAUUAUGUAAAGUUUCACAUAGAUAGAACUGUUGAGUCUCCACUCUGUAGACUUUGUGGGGAAAAGGGAGAGCAUAUAACACACUUGAUAAGUGAAUGCAAGAAGCUAGCACAAAAAGAAUACAAACGAAGACAUGACAAUGUGGCUCGCAUUGUACACUGGAAGCUAUGUGGUUUGUACUAACUAGAGAAAGCUGAAAAAGGUAUGAACACCAACCAAACGGAGUAAUUGAAUCAGAUAAUGUAAAGAUUCUCUGGGAUUUUAACAUACAGUGCGAUCAUGUGAUUGAAUGUCGAAGACCUGAUAUUGUAGUGGUUUUAAAGAAGGAAAAGGAAUGCAUGAUCAUCGACAUCGCAGUUCCAGGGGACUGUAGAAUUGGUAUAAAAGAAACAGAGAAGGUAGAAAAGUAUGAGGAGUUGAAAAGGGAAACUCGGAAAAUAUGGGCAAUGAAAAAAGUAGAAGUCAUUCCAAUAGUAGUAAGUGCCUUAGGAGCAGUUAGUAAUAAACUGGAUAAGUGGAUUGAGAAAUUGGGAAUACAUAUAAGAAUAGAACUUCUACAAAAAACAGCAUUGUUAGGGACGGCAAGAAUACUGAGAAGAAGCUUGGAAAGCUAA